UCCUCUGUUUAGUCUGUCUCACGUUGCCUAACUUCUUACUUUCCUCUCCUUCUUUCUCUCUUGAUCUUAGCUUCCCUUCAAUUCCUUCAAGCACAUUUUAUCAUUUUAUGCGUACCAAAGGGUUUGUGAAGAACCUGUGAUUGUGAUGGAAGGAGGGAUUCAUGCAGGGGCCGAUAAUUCGGCUUUCAGAGAGUGUUUCUCGCUGACAUGGAAGAACCCUUAUGUUCUUCGUCUUGCAUUUUCUGCUGGAAUUGGUGGCCUUCUUUUCGGCUAUGACACAGGUGUGAUAUCAGGUGCUCUGCUUUACAUCAGGGACGACUUCGGGUCUGUGGACAGGAAGACCGUCUUGCAGGAGAGCAUAGUGAGCAUGGCAGUUGCUGGAGCCAUCAUAGGAGCUGCAAUUGGUGGGUGGAUGAGUGACCAGUAUGGGAGAAGAAGUGCAUUACUAACUGCAGAUUUCCUCUUCUUCAUAGGAGCUGUGGUCAUGGCCUCUGCUCCUGACCCUUCUCUUCUUAUUGUUGGUCGAGUCUUCGUCGGGCUUGGUGUUGGAAUGGCAUCAAUGACUUCUCCUCUGUAUAUCUCAGAAGCUUCUCCAGCCAAAAUCCGUGGUGCCCUCGUUAGUACCAAUGGGUUUCUUAUCACCGGUGGCCAGUUCCUGUCUUACCUCAUCAACUUGGCUUUCACCAAGGCACCUGGAACAUGGAGAUGGAUGCUCGGGAUUGCAGGACUUCCUGCACUGCUGCACCUUAAUCUUUGUCCUAGUCUGUGUGCCUGAAACAAAGGGGCUGCCCAUUGAGGAGAUUGAGAAGAUGCUGGAGCAUAGAGCAUUUCAGUUCAAGUUCUGGGAGAAAAGAUCUGAUACAUUAGACAAGAACCAACCAGCAUGAACAAAAUAGUAGGAAAUUUUAUCCUGAUAAUAGCAAACAGGAAAAAUCAGACCCUGCGUUUAGCAAGAGUGAAUUUAAUUAGAUAUAAGGAAUGACUGCAGCCUUGCACUCUCUUUGAUAGGAACAAACCGCAGAAGUUUAAUCUGUGAGGGUACAUGAUAUAAGGAACGACUGUGUCCUUGCACUUUCUUAGUAGGAGAUCCUAAUAAGACAUGUUGCAUUCAAUUUAACAGAUCAAGACUGCAUUUAUAAGGCAACGAUUCAUGCCAAUAAGGAGAAAUUCUUCCA